AUGUUUGUAUAUCUUAAAGAAAUAUAUUUGGACCCUAGCCAGUCUGAGAUGAUAUUAGACUCGAUAUCUGGAUUAAUUCUUUUGAACCAUAAUUUGACUUCAUCAGAGCUUGAUGCUGCCAAAACGGUCAUACACUCUUACAGAAACAAAUUACCAUUGCCUGGUAUGACAGAAGACAAGCUCUGGGAGUACAAGAACAUCUAUGAUUCAGCUUUUCAUCCCGAAACAGGAGAAAAAAUGUUUAUUCUCGGCAGAAUGGCAUUUCAAGUACCAGGAAAUAUGGUCAUCACGGGGUGCAUGCUACAAUUUUACAAGUAA